CAUCACUUCUUAAAACGGUUUUCACAGCGGAAGACGCUUGGGUGAAAGUGUGUUUGAGGCACUUUUGUGAAACCUACCGCGUUUGUACGUGAUGGUCGAUGUUUGUAAUGAACGGAAAUGGAGUUUUCAGAGCACAUUAAGACGGCGAAUGUGGAGGACGUGGUGCUGAGGGUGGCUUUCCGAGCGCCGCGGAGAGGAGCGCUGUGUGUGACCGGACACCACCUCCUGUUCUCGGGCAGAGAGGAGGACAGCACCUGGCAGCUCCUGCUGCUCCUCAGGAACAUCGAUGCCAUCGAGAAGAGUGUUGAGAAUCUUCUAGGAUAUCCACAGGGCUCCAAAGCAAACCAGAAGCAAAGAACAACCGGGUCGUCUGGAAGCAUCGUGAUCAAGUGUAAGGACCUGCGCAUCCUCCAGCUCGAUAUUCCCGGCAUGGAGGAGUGCCUGAACAUCGCCAGCUCCAUCGAGGCUCUCUCCUCCCUGGAGAAUGUGACAGAAAUGUACCCAUUCUUCCACCGGCCUCGUGCGCUCAGGCUGAGCGACCCCUGGGGUUUGUCCUCUCCGGAGCAGGACUACACACAUACAGAGAGGCUGUGGGACAGAUGGAGGCUGAGCAAAGUGAACUCGGAUUUCUCGGUGUGUCCGUCGUACCCGGGCGCCGUGAUCGUACCGAGCUCAGUGGAUGAUGACACGCUGGUGAAAGCAGCGAGGUUUCGACAGGGCGGUAGAUUCCCCAUGCUCUGCUACUGUCACCACCGCAACGGCAUGGUGGUCAUGCGGAGCAGCCAGCCCAUGACAGGAGCCAAUAGGAAGCGCUGUAGGGAGGAUGAGCUCCUCCUCCAGGCGGCGAUUGACGAAUCGGAGCUGGGUUACGUCGUAGACACGCGCUCCGCCCAGCAAGCCCAGCAGGCCAGGAUGACCGGCGGAGGGUUCGAGUCUAAAUCCUUCUAUCGACCCUGGAGGAGAUUACACAGACACAUGGAGAGAGGUAAAGUACUACAGGAGAGUUUAAUAAAGCUGGUAGAAGCGUGUGGAGACUCGUCUCACAACAUGGACCGCUGGCUCAGUAAGCUGGAGAACUCUAAAUGGCUGACACACGUUCACAGCGCGCUGUCCACCGCGGGACUCGUGGCCGAGUGUGUAGAGAGGGAUGGUCACUCAGUGUUGGUUCAUGGCUCGGAGGGGACAGAUAGCACGCUGCUGGUGACGUCACUCACUCAGCUCAUCUUAGAUCCUGACUGCAGAACGUUCAGAGGUUUCCUCCGACUGCUGGAGAGAGAGUGGGUACAGGCAGGUCACCCGUUUCAGCAGCGCUGUGCCCGCUCCGCUUACUCCCACGCCCGGCUGAAGUACGAGAGCCCGUCCUUCCUGCUGCUGCUGGACUGCGUGUGGCAGAUCUUGCGUCAGUUCCCUUUAGCGCUGGAGUUCAGCGAGGCUCUGCUGCUCAGACUGGCGCAGGAAGCCUACGCCUCCGACUACGGCACCUUCCUCUGCAACAACGAAUACGAGCGACACACUUUACACGUGAAGGAAAACACACACUGUUUGUUCCGGUUCCUGUUGCAGUGUUCAGAGAGAGAGCAGUACAUUAACCCUCUGUAUGAACACACACAGCUCGCCAUCUGGCCUUCAGUGCAGCCGCAGUCUCUCCAGCUGUGGACCGGACUCUUCCUCAGGUGGACAGAACACACUCAGACGAUGGACGAGGCCCGAGAGGAGAUCAGGACUCUAGUAAAAGAGCACAGGAGAGAGCAGAUCAGCAGCGAUGAAGCCACACACACACUCCUCACACACCGAGACGCUCUGACGGUUCUCGAGAACGACAUGGACGAGCUGACGAUACUGUGAUCUCCUCUCCGAACCUCCUCACUCUGUUCACACCUCACUCUCACCGUCAAUUUAGAUUUUAAAACUGUACAACUGUAAAAAGAUUGAUCUUCAAAUCCUGAAAAUAUUUCAUUUCUCAGUCACUUAUUACCGUUUUAAAGGUUAUUGAUGGGAAAUGAAACCUGAAAACACUGCCACGCUCAGGGAUCUUCCCGGUAGCCGAGGGAGGAGUUUCAGAUUCACACACACACCAUCAUUUUUCAUACUCUGAGUUCACAAUGUUUCCCUCAGGUUUGAACUGAUGUAAAAAAUAAUACAAAGCUGCUGACAUUAUUGUGAUUUUCUAACUUAAUCAGAGAGAUUGAGCCACAUCGUUAUGUCAUUGUGCGAGCAGAUAAACUUUAUUUUAUGAUGUUAUUUUGAGCUGAACAGAUCACGAUUAAAAACAAACAUUGACUGAUGACUUGACUUUUAAUCGCUCAACUCAACAUGUAUUCUUUCUGACCUCUGAGGAUUUUUUAUGAUUAUUUGAAUGUGAUUUAGUGUGCAGUGCUAACAUUGAGGGCAGGGUGAUAUGGCGAUGUAAGAGUGAUCAAUUUUGUCACAGUACACUUUUCUAAAAAAAUUUUGCCAAUCGUGAUACUUAUUAAUUUAUUUUUUUUUACAAUUUUAUAUUUUUCAGGGUUAUUUUUACAUUUUUAUAUAAAUAAAAUGCUUUGUUAAAAUAUAAAAACUAAAAAUAAAGAAAUUAAAUAAAGAAAUUUGCUUAAUUAAUAAUAACCUAAUUUAUUAGUAUUUAUAACAGUUUUUUUUUUUUAAAUACAAUACUUCUGCAUUGCUGGCAAUUAUGAGUAAACUCACAGUAUAUAUUGUGAUAAAUUUCCUGUAUCGUAGAAAUAACUUUGAGAAUAGUGAUAUAAUAUUUUUGUCAUAUCACCCCACCCCUAGUAACAUUAUAUUGAAAUUUUUAAUAUUGUACGUAGUAAGUGUGUGAACGCUGCUGGUUACGUUUGCGAGCUAAUAUGACGUGGCACUCAUGAGUGUUUACAACAUGUGCUUUUAAAUUAAUGCGUAAAUUAAUACGUAGUAAAUAUUUUAAGUAUUAAAGUAAAGUAUUUACAUGAUUUGCGUCCACUUUGCUAUUCAUUUCCAGAAUAAAAUCUGUUAGCGUUCUAUGCUAAAUUAAA